AUGCCGGCGUUGGCCACCGUGAUCGCGGUGGCUGCUGUGUGCGCCGCCCUUUUCAUGGUCUCCGUGGUGGUGGGAACACUCGUCUGGAUAAAAGCCCGCGGGGAGCGACGUUCACUAAAAGCAGUCAGUGCGGGUCAAGGUCGGUACGCUAGGCAGUUGCAAGCAUUCGAAGCCGAUACGGCGACAUCACUGUCCCGGGAGGAGGGUUCUGCGCUGAGACUAUACGGACAACUACCAUACGGAAAGCCAAAUGAAUGGGGCGUUUUAGCCAGUCGAGAAAGCCUCGCUUAUUCCAUCGUGGACUCAGAAGCUUCUUCUCAACUCGCUGAAAAGGCUCGUUCGCUGCGCCGUUCGCUUUCACGAUCAAAAUCAACCCGGCAGCUGAAAGGUCUGCUCAGACCUCGGCCUCCGAGUCCCCUUGCUCCACUUGCAGAGGCAGCCGAGAGACCCUGUGAUAAAGCGUCCAGGGCCAAAGACCAUGUAUCCGUCUCGGCAGUCGAAGGUGCCCUUGAAUUACCGACAGAGAUGACACCCAGACACACACCGGAAAAGGCAGAGGAAAGAAGCAUUGCCGAACCAUCAAUCCGGCCCCUGUCAGCGGCGAUGCCUUUGAUGCAUAGGAGAGAGCGUUCGGGCAACCUCUUCCCAGUUAUGGAAGACCAUCAUGAAGGGUUCGAGCUUCCUUUUACUCGAGUACGAGGUGGAAGCAUUACGACCCAGACAGCCGGUGCCAUCCCAGAACAGCCGGUGCCGCCCCCGCCGUCUGCUUAUCCCCCGAACCGAUUCCGCCUUUCGAAGAACGAUUCGAUGCGGUUCUCAUCGUUGAGUCUCGAGACGGCGGACAGCUCCAUCUUGGACGACAGCCGGAGAACUUCAACUGCUAUCGAGAGUGAUUUCACUUCACCAGCACUGCCUCCCUGCCCAACUUUCACACCCUUCAGCGCCAACGAUGUCGGCCGGAUGGAAUUCGAGCGGCGAAAUUUCGCAGCAUCAAACUCAGCAUAUCCUGCACCAUUCAUCUUUCCUGCCACAUCGCCUACUCGUGAAGCUCUGAGGCUGGAACCAAACCGUACGUCGCCUCGCCGCAGCUUGACUGCACGCAGUCCUAGCCAAACAGAGCGCGUCAGCCCUCCUCCAAGGAGAAGUGAAUCUCUUUGCUCCAAUCAGUCCAGAAAGGAGGUCAUCUCCAUGCCGCACCUAGACCCGAACAUGACCCCGCAUCUGAGUGCAACAGGCCACAGCGGCUCGCUGCUGCCUUACUUCAGUCAGUUGCAGCGGCACUCCAUGUACGCAAGUAGGCAUACCGAUGGGGAUCCUUUCUACGGUGGCCUGACGAGUUCGCAUAUCUCAAUUCACCCCCCUCGAGCCCCCGCAAGGAGGGUUAGCAGUCUCUAUGUGCCAGAAAUCUCUACACAGGUUAGCUCAGACAAUGCUUCUAAGCCACCAUUGACCUCCGCCUUGAAGGGUACCCAUGGUCAUCGAAAAGGCCACAGGCGUCAGAACUGCGUCAGAAUCUCAAUCCACCCUCCCAUCACCUUUGGGGGUCCUGCGUUCUCUCCAAUGGCCGAAGAGCCCGAGGAGUUGGAAGACCUGAGCCUGCGCAGACCAGAGGCUCCUGGUCCGACUAGCUACAAUGUUCCCUCGAUCAAUCCAAGUGUUGUCACUUUCUCCGCGAACAAACAUAACUCGUACGACUUCCAAAGGCCCCGGCCACGAAUCAUGGAUGUCUCCUCUACUCCCUACGGAAGUCCAACUAAGAAAAGAAAGCAUAGCAGAGCUGACUCGAGCGACGAUUUCCUGAGCCCUGCGGGGAACGACAAGACUCUACCAGAAAUCAUGACAUCUCUACCGUCCAGCAACGAUGGUUCUCUAUCACAGACACCGUCUCCCGAAAAGAAUGCCCCAGCCUGGGUACUUCCCGUCCACGCAAGCUCGCCGACAUCCCGCGAGAAUGCAUCGCCGCAAACUAGUCCGCGUCGUUCGGCAGUCAAGGGGCCACGCAUACAGCCAAGUAAGCUGAUGCACAACAACAACCCUCCCUCUAUAGUUCCUCUCGAGGAGAACGGUAUUUCUUCGACACAACAAGGCUCCUCAAGCAAUCGCCCUCUUUCUUUGAGGCCGCACAGCAGUAGCAAAGAUAUUGCUACUGCUAAGGAUCUUUUGCCACACGACGAAAGUGACGCUGCCGCUCUUGACAACACGCAUCAUUGCAACCACAAAAACAACAUUCCGCAGCAGCAAGACCAAGAGGAUCUCUCAUGCGGCGUGCACAAAACGCCGAGCACGCGCAGCGGCAAUAUGGUUACCAUCUGGGAAGACAAUGAUACAGAACGAAUGGCUCAGCCUAUAGCUCGUACAACCCAGCCCAAGGGUUCUGCAUCAUCCCCAAAGAAAAUCGGUCGCAAAGGCAGUCAGAAAACAACGUCAGAUGACAGGAUGUCGCGCAAGUCAAGCCAAAAAACACCCAAACAAGGCAUCACGACGCCUACUGGGAAGACAAUAGGACUCGGAAUCGGCGCUGCAACUCCUGGAAGUUUAUACGAUGGAGACGGUUUUCUAAAAGAAUAG